AUGCCGAACUGGGCGCACCUGAUUUUGCGGCACGUGGCCUUUCUCUGUCGCUUCGAGCCGAUCGGAGUGCCACCUGACGUCUGCAUGUGUGCCAACAAAAAUGUUUGGCACAUAUCGAGGCAUGCAUGGCAUCAGCGUCUCGUCAAGCUCCAACAAGACGGUCGCAUCUUGUACAUCCUGCGACACUAUCGCCGAGAUCACGAGCAAGAUGGUCCAAUCCGGCUCAGCGGCUGGGGUGUUGAACUUGCUGUCAAGAAGACUGAGUACAUUGCCACGGACGAUUCCGCUGUCGAGGAGGAUGUCACCGAGGCUCUGGCCGACGAGGCAGUUGAGGAUGAGGAUCAAGUGGCGGGAUUCGAUUUUGCUCAACUCCGUGCUUUGCACCCUGACCAACAGGAACACCUCGCUCGGCUGCAACGCCAGCUCUUGGAGACCCCCAUCGAGAUUCAUCCUCUCAAGGCUUGGGAGCUACAGGAUAUUGAUCUUCAGGCCGCGCAGCGCGUCCUUGAAGCUGCGGACCCAGUUCAGACUCUGCAGGCCAUCACGUCCAAUUUUCCCACCAUUCAGCAUGUUCUGGCUCAAAACAAGCCCAAUGAGACCAUCAAGCAAGAGAUUGCCAUGAAUCAACAGUCAUUGCAAUACGUGGGGCUGAGUGCCGGAACCACACUGAUGACUCUAAAUGAUGUUAUCUUGGACACCACCACUGUUGACAUCUUCUAUCUGCUCAAAAUUCUGGCUCAGCACAGUGACACUAUGUCCGAGCUACAAGAGGCUGGCAUUCCUGCCAAACACGUCCCCGAGUUCCAAGGCAUUAGUCUUCAAACGAACCCUCCAGCCGAGGUGCUCAACCUCAAGUCCUCGGCAGUGCAAUACCUGAAUAAUCUCGAGAAGGAUUCAGCUUACAGCCGGUGGCCCUCAACCCUGACGGCGUUGCUGCAGCCCUUGUCCCCGGGCACCAAGUAUCGCGUUUCGCGUAACAUCUUUACCAUUUUAUUGACGGGACGCGUGCUGGAUCCCGUUUUUGCCGCACAGCUUCUUGAAGCCCACGGACAGCUCGUCAAAAAGCAGGAAAUGGUUCGCGUUGGCAUUCUGGCUGCGACCACGGUGGGCCAGCGUCAAUUGCGACAGCGGACGGUUGAAUUCACCAGCACUGGCCAUGCAAAAACCGGAAAAGAGACUGAUGUCCUGGCCUUGGCACAGUCUGAGGAAGAGAGGCUUGAGGUCCUUCUCGUGCGUGCAUACAGCGUCGUACAGAAGCGCAAAAAGAGCACUCGACGCGCUCUGGAUUGGCUCUGCAGUUUUUACCAGCGCUACCCUGACGUGACCGAGAAGGCUAUUCAGGAGCACGCCCUUACUGUCAUCACGAGCACAGAUUGGCAAACUACCGUGUUGAAUUAUGCCAAGGAUGUGGAUACCAUUCGCAGCCGCAUGGAUGCACACUUUGAGGCCAGCGGCUUGCCCCUGCGUCAAGUGACCGUCCUCUUCAAUGGACGCCCUGUUUCUCUGGAGGAUAACAAGAAUAGCGUGAAACAGAUUUUCACCCAAAACUCGCGACAGCAGUUUGGCAUGUUGCAGCGACAGAUUUACUACCGUCAAAUCAGUGACGCAGGCAGCGUCUAUGAUGCCAUUAUGAAGCUCAACAAAGCCACCAAGCGCAUGACUGCGCCGGAGCUGAUGAAGCACACAAAUGUUGUCCUGUGUGGCAGACCUCAAAAUAUUACAAGUGCCGCCGAGCUGCAGGGUGCCACCAGUGGCCAGGUGCUGUCGUGGCUGGAUCAGAGUCUCAAAUACUAUGUUAAGCCCGAGAGCAGUGCCACUGUCAAGCUCUCGUCGACUCGCGUGCGGGUGGCCUUUUUGAACAGCGCCUCCGGUGAACAAGCAGACGUCCAUCACCUGAUCAACGCCAUUGGGCGCCAUUUUGCGAGCGAUGUGGCGCUCAUGAAGAUAGGCCACGUCCUUGCACACAGCAUUAACCAUCCCGACGCCAAUCUGGACGACUUGAUUAAGGUUCUCAAGAGUAAAGACCAAGCGGCCGUUCGCACUCUGGUUCGGACGGAGCGCGACAACGCUCUCAAGGCUCGGCUACACGAAGUGGCCGUCAAGCAAGCUUUGCAACUGGAAAACGGUGCGCUCGCAUUGGUGACCAAUGGUCGCGUGUACGGUCCCUUUGGUCCCGAUGUCUCGUUUUCUGGCAGUGACCUGGCUUUCUUGGAGAAUUUCCACAACAACGAAGGACAGGCCAAGCAGGUUGCCAACCGAGUCGGACGUCUCUUGCCGGGUCUGCGGCAGCGAGACCGCGAGACCAUUGUUCGCAAUCUACUGGCGCUCUUGACCAACAGUGCAGAAAAGGCGGGCACCUCGGGCCGACCCCAGCAGCGCCUGGACCGCCGCCACCUUAGCAACGUGGCGCAAAAGUACAGUGCGGUGACGGUCGCGCCGCGGGACUCCACCGAUAACGCGCUGGUCCACCGCUGCUUUGUUGUGCUGGAUCCUUUGUCAGCGCAAGCACAGCGCGUGGCCCCCUUGCUGGCCAUGCUGCAUGCCAAUGUGAACGUCGAGAUCACGCUGCUCAUGAAUCCUGUGCUGAAGGUGUCGGAGGUGCCAUUGAAGCGGUACUAUCGCAUGGUAUUGCCGUCAGUGGAGUUUGAUGCGCAGGGUCGUCUGACUCCGGGGCCUCGGGCCGUAUUCCGGCAGCUGCCUCGAGCGCCGUUGCUUACACUGGGCAUGGAAACCUCGGCUUCACUAAUGGUGGAGGCGGAGCAGUCAGCUCACGAUCUGGACAACAUCCACCUGCAGAGCGCAGACGGCGACGUGUAUGCCCUGUUUCGUCUUCGCUACUUGACCGUCGAGGGUGGAUCGCUGGCAGCUGACACGCGCGCACCCACUGCGGGCGUGCAGCUACAGCUGGGGACGCCGUUGGCGGGGGCCUUGUACGACACGCUGGUGAUGGCCAACCUCGGGUACUUUCAGCUCAAGUCGCAGCCCGGUGCAUACGAGCUACAGCUGCUGCCGGGCAAGUCGACGGAUAUCUUUACCAUUGAGGAGGCGGGGGGCUCGGACAGUCACAGCCAGGAUCAACGCCCGCUCGUCUUGGUGCGCGAUUUCACCGGAACACACGUGUCGUUGCGCCUCAAGCGCCGCCCAGGACAAGAGAAAGCCCGACUGCUGGACGACAUGCCCUCGGCUCACAGUGCCGGCGACGGCGCCGCGGACAAGGCUGAAGAGACUGAUCCAGGCGCGAGCAGCGGCGGAGGGCUGUGGGAUUCCCUGUCCAGCCUGAUGGGCACGGGUGAGAAGGGGUCGGCGACGGCCGUUGGCGCACACAGCGGUCGCGUGGAGCGGGCCGGGGAAACCAUCAACAUCUUCAGCCUGGCAUCGGGACACUUGUACGAACGCUUCUUGAAAAUCAUGAUGUUGAGCGUGCUGAAGAACACCCGCAACCCGGUCAAGUUUUGGUUUUUGGAGUCGUGCAUGUCACCGCAGAUGAAGGCCUUCUUGCCGCACAUGGCGGCCGAGUACGGUUUUGAGUUUCAGCUGGUGAGCUACAACUGGCCACGAUGGCUGAAUAAGCCAGCCGAGAAGAUGCGCCUGAUCUGGGCCUACAAAAUUUUGUUUUUGGACGUGCUCUUCCCAAUGGACGUGAAGAAGAUCAUUUUUGUGGACGCCGACCAGGUGGUGCGGGCGGACAUGCGCGAGCUGGUGGAGUUGGACCUCAAGGGCGCGCCCUACGGCUACACGCCCUUUUGCGACUCGUAUCAGGGCCUAUCCCAGGAUCCCAACAGCCUCAGCAACCUGGACCAGGAUUUGCCCAACAACAUGGUGCACAACGUUCCCAUUCGCUCGCUGCCGCAGGAGUGGUUGUGGUGUGAAUCGUGGUGCGAUGAUCGGUCCAAGGGCCGAGCCAAGACCAUUGAUCUUUGCAACAAUCCCAAGACCAAAGAGCCCAAGCUUCAGGCGGCUGUCCGGAUCAUUCCCGAAUGGACGGCGUUGGAUCAAGAAGCCCGCAACCUGACAAACCGCGUGGUGAAUGCCGGCCCGGCGCCUGGUUCCGGCCACAAGAUUCUUUUGAUCUCUCUCUCUCUCUCUCUCUCUCUCUCUCUCUCUCUCUCUCUCUCUCUCUCUCUCUCUCUCUACUGCGUCACAAUCCAGGCAGGCUGCCACCCUGAAUCCUUUGCUGGGCUGAAGCAUGACGAUCACUCCCUGGUCUUUGAACCAAGCGAUUGUGAUGAUCGGCCAGAACCCGCCAGCGUGGAGAGCAGCGCCGCCACCAGUCAGGACAACAGCGCCAGUGCCAGCGAUGGCACUUGGGAGCCUGACACCUUGACUGAGACUGAGCUGAGCCUUGCUCACCACAACCCCCGGGCGAGCCAUCAGACACGCCCCCACCCUGGACACUCCUCGGUGCAGAAGCUGGCACAUGUGGCAUUAGCCUUUGCGCCGACAAAGGACUGCGUGACCCAAUUUAAUGCUCUUCUGGUGCACGGCAUCACCACCCGGGCAGCGCUUUGUCAUGCGCUCAACUUUCACGUGACACGACAUGCCGGCUACCGAGCGCUUUGCGGUGCGUCCGACACUCAAGGUGUCGAGUCAGUGCUGCAAGAUCUUUUGAGCCUGGCCAUUCGGCUGCGACACACAGCUCUGGUCAAGUAUCUGCUCGAGCAACACGCCUGCCUUCGCGUGAAAAACCCCCAACCGGGGAAGCGGUCCCCGAUGAUGCUGGCCUGCGCCACCGGCCACUUGCCCGUCGUAGAGGCGCUGAUUCAGCAUCAAAAGUUUAUCUUGCGUGAUUUUCGCGCCAUGGACAUGGAGGCACUGGUGACGGCCGUGGCCCACAAUCGUCGUGCCGUCGUGACCGCUUUGCUCAAGCGCUACAACUUUAAUCUGCGUGACGCCCGUGCCCGCAAUAACGUCCUCCUUAAAGUCUGCGCUCGCAAUGGCUGGCAACAAAUGCUUGAGCUCCUCCUCGAAAAGUUUGCCUACACAGCCGCCGACGUGCAGCGCGAUGAUUACGAGGCACCAUGUCUAGCUUACGAACACGGGCACACGACCGUGUUUUGGUUUCUCGUGGAUCGCUUUGGUCUUGCAAAGCCAGAAUUGCUCGAAGCACGCCACUUUAGCGUGCUGCGAUGGGCGGUGGAUCGACAAGAUGGAGCCAUGUUGGGUGCACUUGGCCGAAAAUUAGGUUCAGCUCAGGCCACGGCCUGCCUCCGACGCAUGUGGCGUGCAACCGGAGCAUCGCUUCGGCCUGCAACGACGGAAGUUGCAACUGAACCAGCCAUGGCGGUGCCAAAGGAACGCUUGCGCGCUCGUCCGCGACCCGCCGCAUAA